GUUGAUUCCCUGCUUUAUUCAAUAUCUAAUUGUCGUCUCUGCCUACUUGUCUAUUAAUUCCGGCGACUUAUUUAGACCUUCAACCAAACAACCAACUCUAGACACCAGUUAUCAACACCUUGUUCAGUUUCCUUUAAUCUACCAACAACCUUCCACCACUUAUCUCCCCCCGUGCGCGCUCUCGUCCCCCGUUUCACAAGGAACACAGUUCGCCCGUCCAGAGAUUGACGGAAUCCAUCGUCACUGGUCCACUAGCUCAUGAAGCUAUAGUUGACCCGCCUUCAAACCCAGUUCUCAACCAACCACCGUAAACCAAUCAUCAUCAGCACCACUUCAUUUCAUCAUGGGCACCAAAGGUCGUCUCGUUCCCCGUGUCGUGUGCUGUGCAAUCCCUAUUUCACGAGCUGCUGGAAAGGUGCUCGUCGUCACAAGCCGUAAAAGACCGAAUCACUGGGUUUUGCCCAAAGGAGGAUGGGAACCGUCUGAUGUGCAGCUGGAGGCUGCAGCCUCGAGAGAGGCGUUGGAAGAAGCUGGCGUACGUGGCACCAUCACCAGAUACGUAACGACAAUACCAUCACCCUCCACAACGUACCAUUUUUAUGAACUGGACGUCUCGACUCUCGACCAAGAUUGGCUAGAGAGGCACGAGCGGAGAAGAGAAUGGGUCGAUUACAACGAAGCCGUCAAAAGACUCGAGUGGAAAUCCGAGUUGGCACAGGGGUUACGGUCAUCCUCCCUGGCACGUUGAUCACCUCGGCCAAAGGGCGACGUCCUCCUACAUCACCCGCCACGUCCCCACCACCUCAUUUGCGUCAAUUUCUUUACCGGCAAUUUCCCAUUCACGCCAGCAAUGAAAAUCAUCAAACUCAAAUGAACCCAGCGCGAGGCCACGAUCACACACUUGGACCAUCCAUCCCC